GAACGUCCUUUGACCUAUAAAAACUAUAUCACGUGACAUACUGGAUAUAGGUGGCGACACAUUUAUCGUAGCUGCGCCAUAUACAAAAUAUUCGAUCAAUAAUUUAUGUCAAAAUAUCUUUCCAUGAAGAGUUGACAACACGUGGUGGGGUCAUCUUUUUCUGCAAAAAUCAACCAAGACAAUAUUAGUUGUUGACGGAACCUAACUGAGUGUUGAAGAUGACCACUGGGGAUAUCAAGAAUAACCUGCGGAAGUUGCAAUCUGAAGUUAGACAAAUUAAAUAUACAGAGCAUAUUGAUGUCACAAAUUUGUCUAAAGGUGUACCCACAGCAUUUCUACCAAUAUAUCACUAUGCCUUUACACAGUACAGUAUACCUAUAACAGAGAAAAUAGCAUCCAUGGAUAUAGAAUUAUUUGGAAAAUCUGAUUUACGUUUCAUGGAAGCGGUGUACAAGAUCCUUAGAGACUUGUUCCACUACAAACCACUUGUUACAAAAGAUCAGUUUUUUUCUGCUGGGUUUGCUGAACGUAAAGUUAUCAUGUCAACAGAAGUCUUAUCUUUACUUCGCGCCAAGAAAAAAGAGCUAGAACCCACUUCAAAAUCCACCAGUAACUUGCGAAGUUCCUCUUCUAUGGAAUCUUUGAACAAAAAUGCUAGUCAGUUGCGAACAAAAUCAGCUGAAAAUAGAAGAGUGUCAAUGAUAGAAACUUCCAAGGGUCAAAAGAUGGCUAAAGAAUCACUUGGUCGUACAAGUAGAACUGUAGGAUUAACUCGACCAACUAGUGCACCACAGGGUAGACAACCUAAAGCCCACAGUAUUCAACAUAAACCACCAGUAAAAAAAGAAACCAGUAUUAGAGUAGCCACAGAUAAUCAGUCAUACAGUGGUACAUCCAGUAUUAUGAGAGGUCGACCAGCAGCAGUAGAGAUUGUUAGGUUACCUCGAGAUGGUGAAAGUGCAUCAAGUCAGAUAUCAACUAUCAAAUCUAGUCAACAAACGGUGGAAAUACCAACUGAUCUACAUUACAAACUCGAUCAAAUAUCAGAAUUAUUUAAAUUAACAGAUGAAAUAAAGACAAGAAUAACAUGUCUUGAAACACAAACUAAGAUUAGCUCCCCUGUUGGUAACAGUACAAUGAUACAUCCUGUAGAACCUCCACCAUUAUCAGCUGACAUCAUGGCAGAAUUAACACAGAUAAAACAACAACAAGAAACAAUAUUAUCUAGAUUAAUAUUACAAGAGAAUAGACAUGCUAUGUUAGAAGCUAAGGUGGACAGUUUGAUGAGUGAAUCCGAAGCUAAUAAUCCUCCACCAUACAACUGUGACAGUCCAGCAUCCACCGUUAAGAAUUCGAACAAGGGAGCAUUUGUUUCUGUUGAAUCUGUUGUACAUGGAGGAAAACUGGUUAAAAAACUUCAAAUUUCACCAGAGAAACCACUGAAAAUUAACUCAAAUGAAAAUACAAACAGUCCUCCAAUCAGAGCACUUACUCCUGAUAUGGAAGCCGAGAUUGUGGAUGUGUUACCUAGUGGUAGUAGUACACCAGUAACUAGCGACUGUGAAGUCAACCCAUGUCAUUUUAUUGAUGAGUCAACACAACAUAGGGUAGACAGAAUCAAAAACCUGUUUAAUGAAACGGAUGGUAUGUUAAAGAAUAUUGGAGUAGUUAAUGCCCUUGUUACUAGUAACAACCAAAAUCAACAAGCUAAAGAUCUUGAUGCUGAUGUUGAUGAGAAAGAACUCGAACAAAUAAACUGAAGAUAGAUGAGAUCGAAGUGAAAAAAAAACCCUCAUGUCUUUGUUCAGGUGUUUCAUCAUCUGCCCUAUUAUUGAGUGAAAAGGAGAGACCAAUGUUGGAACAAUGAAGUAAUGUUCACCAAGAAAUCUCAUAGUUGUUUAUAUUUUCUUUGUAAAUUUUUACAGUUAUUUAUAUUAUGACACAAUCUAUUUGAUCAAAAGUGUGAUAUUGGAAAUCAAAGAUUAAGAUGUACUUAUAUAAUCUAUCAUUUAAGGCCACCAAUAUAUUUACUAUAUAUGUCUAAAAACUUGUUUUAAAUUAGUGCCCAUAACAUAUAAUAUCCCAGUGAUGUAUUUUAGGUAUUCAUCCUUAAAAUGCAAACGUCAUCCUUUGGCGUACAAUUUUUUCUAAUAUUUUUACCUUUCAUGUACAUUAUAUUAUUUAUACAAGAUGUCAGGAUGAUUAAAUAGCAUCGAACAAGACAUUGCGUAAUAUAUUGAUACAACUCUCAGAUUGACUCCCUUGUACGGUAUCAAUUUCUUACUGUCUGGCGCACGAUCUUUAAACCACACUUAUUAAUCAGAAUGGUUGUCAAAACUUUGGUUGUGUUUUUCAACUGACAUUAAUUUAAAUUAUUUGGGCGCCAAAACAUGAUUAAUGCCAAUUUUUCUUUAGAUAUUUUUCUCAUAUUUAACUAUUUACUGUAGCAAUUGGGAAUCUCUUUUUAUAAAUCAUUUAUAUUUAUUACUAAAGCUAUGCAAAUAAAAACUGCUUAUCAUUUAAAUAUGUGCCAUAUUUAUAUAUUGUCAACAAAAUCUCAGUGUUUUCUAUUGCAUGUCAGUUAAAUACAUAAUAUUUUUGUUCAUGAAUGUUUUUUUUUUUUUUUAAUUUAAGCAAAAAAUGCAAUAUGCUCCAUUUAUUAUUCAGAACAGAAAUAAAAAAAUGAAAGAAAUGAAACACAAAGCCUCUGUGCACAGAGAACUAUCUACCUUGAGAAUAGAUCUAUGUACUUUGUAAUGUGGUUUUAAUCCAUUUUACAUCUUUCAUAAACACAAAGACUCAAUUAACAUUUUCGAUUUGAUGAAAUGAAAGAAGAAUACCCCGGUAUACAUUUCUGAAAAUUCUUGAAGAAGAAAACUUAGUGUAUUUUGACCAAAAAUUUCCUGUCAAUUAACUUUGUGUUUGUUGUCAAGCAGUGCGAGAGGCAUCAUAAGUUUAUAAUCGUAUGUAUUAGAAAGACAGUUUUAAAAGAUUUUGUUUUUGCAAUAGUAAUGCAAGAAUAUCAAUAAUAUUUAGGCCUAACACAAGAAUAUCAAUAAUAUUUAGGCCUUACCUUCAACAAAAUUAAUAUAAAAGAAAAGAGUGAUCGAUAAUUAAUGAAUGAAUUAUUUAUUUCAGUAAAAUCUAUAUUAUAGAUUUUAUUGAAAUCUGUGAGGAGGUAAUCUGACCUCAUCAAACUUUGACCUAUUCAUCUCUUUUGUUAGUGUUACUUUUUCACAAUAAAGAUCUCUUUUAUUUCAAAUUAAUCUGUUUAUUCUCAAUGUCUAAUUAAUUUUAUAAUUUAAAUGAUUGAAAUUUGUUUUGUAUUCAAUCAAAAGUGCCUCACCAUACUUAUGCAAGCAUGACACAUUUAAUAUUAUGGAGUGUCAUUUUAAUAUUUGAAUAAUCUAGAUUAAUCGUUCUUACAAUACAUUCAAAUUCUGAAUAGGUUAAAUUCAUUUAAUAUACCAUAAUUUUGAUCAUUCUGAAACAAACUCACCAUUUGGGUUUCUGUUCAUGAUAAAAGAAGUUUUGUUAGUCUCAGUCUCAAAAUGAGCUUAGUAAAGACAAGUUGAUGAGAGGUUUAUAUUCAAUUGUAUAUGAAUUUUGUGAGUGCUGUUAUUAAUGUAUUUAUAUCUGUGUGCUGUAUGUUCAUUGUGUUUAUAAUAACGUGUGUUUAAUUAAGCAACAAGUCUGAUGGUUGAAAAAUAUCUCAAAAAGUCACAAUUUACAAAAGUAUGAUAACUUAGAAUACCAAAAAACAUUUACAGUUAUUGUUUUAUUUAGUUUAGAUGCCUAAAGAUGGCAUUGAGAAAUAAAUAAACACUGAUGUAAACUUUAAGUGGCUACACAAGUUACAAUUGAACGAAUUCAAUAAUUUUCAAAUUCAAUAAUUUUCGAACACAUUGAUUUUUUUUAGUGAGAGUACUUUUGAUUGGAUAUGGUCUUUUAUUGUGGCAUCUUGUACGGUGACUAGUUUCUGAUAUUAAUGUACAUUUAUAAAAACCAAAGAUCUGUGAUUAUUUAGGUUUUUCUUAUUAGUUUCUGAGCUUAUGAUAUAUUAUAAUCAUUCCAAUUUAAUCUAAACAAAUAAAGGUUUUCAAUAUUCUAA